AUGGAGAGAACAAUCCCAGAAGACAUACUGGUAGAGAUACUAGCAAGAUUACCCAUGAAAUCCAUCAACAGAUUCAAAUCAGUUUCCAAAACAUGGAACUCCGUGACCGAAUCUCCUUAUUUCCGCCGCCGUCUCUUUUUAUCCGUUAAUACAAACUCUCCAUCCUCAUCAUGGUCUCUCAUGUUCAUAUCCAAGUUUAACCAUCCCAUCACAGAAGCCCUCGGCUUCCAUAAACAUGAUCUCCCCAAGUCUCUAUCCUCCUACAUAUUGCCUUUCCAACCGUACCCAAAUCUCCCUACUCUUCAAUACUACUUCGUAGCUUCCUCCAACGGAUUGAUCUGGAUCGAGGCUUUCCUCACCCAUCACAACCGCAUAUCAUUCGUGGGUAAUCCAGUUUUAAAACAAUGGGUCGAAAUCCCUCCUCCUCCUAAUAAUAAUUAUUGUACAGCCACUGGUUUGGUGACACGUGUCGAAAACGGCAUGGUUACGAGCUUCAAAGUUGUUAGGACUAGUGCUAAUCUGAGGAGUGUAUGGGAAGUGCAUGUGUAUUCGUCAGAGACAGGGUUAUGGAGUUUUAAGGAGCUUUUGUCGUUUUGUCCUGUCGAUGGUUCUGAUCCUCCGGUGAAUAUCGAUGGGAAGCUCUACAUGUGGCAAAAAGAUUUUCGUGAUGAGUCUCAGUGGGAAAUAUUUCCUCGUAAGGAGUUUGGAUUCCUUGUUGCUUAUGACUUCUACGGUGAUGACGAUCACUGUCAGGUUGUACCUCUACCUAUGCCGGAUAAUAAAUACGUUAGGAGAUGCUUGACUACUUCAAGAGGAGAUGUUAUGUACGUGGAGAUAUUGUAUCGAAGAUUGAAGGUUUGGAGGCUGAGUAGUAGUAGCAACGACGACAGUGAAUUGUUGUGGGAACUCUCGCGGAAUGAAAUCAACUUGGCGUCUGUUGGAUUUGAUGUUUUCUGUUUCCCGUUGGCUAUGAAUCCGUUUGAUGAUGAUAUCAUCUACCUAUGGAGUCGAAAACAUGAUUGUUUGGUAACGGGUAACUUGCGGACUCUAGUGUUUAUACUUCAUCAAGAAUCUGAGAAUUGGCGUAGCAGUGAUGGUGGUUGUUUUUGCGUUAACAAUUAUGAUUCUAAGAUGUAUAUGAAUGGUUUUCGCAAUGGAACUGUUACUUCUGUUGUCGUCUUAUCACAGUUUGUGCCUCCACCGGGGAUGGACUUUGUACCCCGUCCACCACAUACUCGUUAA